GGACCAAUCGGGUAAGACCACGAUCGCAAUGGCGGUGUGGACUGGCAGUUUUGUGAUAUCCGACAGAUAGACACUAGUAGAAGUUGGUUGCGGUUAUUGUUGACAGUUCUUUCAAGAUUUUUUUCACUGUUAUUUUUUCACAUUUUUGUUGAUCAUGUAUCCCUGUGGACUACUGUUGGUGUUGUUGAAUCUCUGGUCAGACGUAGGUGGAAGUGUUUCUGAGAUGGAGAUCGACAGACAUCUGGAGUUGGGGAGAGAUUUUCUAGCCAGGGGACAACUCCAGGAUGCAUUGACACAUUUUCAUGCAGCAGUUGAUGGUGACCCAAACAACAGUCUGACGUACUACAAACGUGGGGCAGUGUAUCUAGCCCUUGGAAAAUCAAAACUAGCUCUCCAGGAUUUCGACAAGGUCCUUCAACUGAACUCUGACUUCACAGCAGCUCGACUUCAACGUGCUAAGGUACUCCGGAAGCAGGCGGAGUUCGCCAAAGCUGAGGAGGAGUUCCUCAGCGUCCUCUGGAUGGAUGAUAACAACGUUGAGGCCUCAGCUGCCCUCCAGGACAUUGCCACUAUGAAGGAGGACUACUCCUUGGCGAAAGAGCUCAUCAAGCAAGGUCGGUACGACGAGGCUGUUGAACUUCUCACUCGAGUCAUAGAGUUCUCCCCAUGGGCAGCAGAGCUACGAGAAAUGAGGGCUGAGUGUCACAUGAAGAUGGGAGACUACAUGAGUGCUGUCUCAGACAUGAGAGCCGGUACUAAACUCACAUCAGACGACACCAUUGGAUUUUUCAAGCUCUCCCACAUGCUCUAUCGACUUGGUUUUGUCGAUGAGGCCCUGAAGGAGAUCAGAGAGUGCCUGAAACUUGACCCAGAACACAAGGAUUGUUUUCCUUUCUACAAAAAAAUCAGAAAAGUAGCUAAGAAGUUGAAUGAAGCGUUGGAGGCAGAGGAGUCCCGAGACUACGAGACUUGUACCUCCUCGGCGGAGUCUGUCCUGAAAUUGGAACCCAAUGUUGAUAACGUACGUUUCACAGCGCACCACCUCCUAUGCAAAACGUACACCAGUGAUCCCAGCUUAGCUGUUAAGCACUGUCAGGAGGCCUUGAAAGUGAGAAGAGAGCCUGAAGUGUUGUGUGACAGUGCCGAGGCUUAUCUCAAUGCGGAGAUGUAUGAUGACGCCAUUAGGGAUGUCAAGGACGCCAUGGAGAUGGAUACGGGAUACCAAAGGGCUAAGGAGCUCCUCCAGAAAGCCCAGCAAAGGCAAAAGAUGUCUGAGAGCCGGGAUUAUUAUAAAAUUCUCGAUGUUCGCAGGACAGCUACCAAACAGCAAAUCAUCAAGGCGUACAGAAAAGCUGCCCAGAAGUGGCAUCCUGAUAAUUUCCAGGAUAGCACCGAGAAGAAGAAAGCUGAAAAAAAAUUCAUUGACAUUGUUGCUGCCAAAGAGGUCUUGACUGACGAAGAGAAAAGAGCCAAGUUCGACAAGGGAGAGGAUCCACUCGACCCUGAAAGUGGAAAACAUUCUGGUUUCAAUCCUUUCCAGGAUUUCCCUCAAUUCCAUGGCUCGCCUUUCCAGUUCAAGUUCCAUUUUAAUUAGAAGCGCAAGUGCAACACUAGUUUUGAAUGAGAACACUAUAGAGACAUUUGGGAGAAUUUAUAGGGAAGGUGGAAGAGGGUCAUGCAUCAUUUGUGUGUAUAUAUGUCUUCAAUCGUUACGGAAAGGAGGAUUUUUUUGGGAGAGAAUUUCUGUAUUUAAUUCGGUGAUGAGGAAACGUCAGUUUUUGUGAUCAAACAGUUGACAGAAAAAAUGCAAGUUUUUUUAAUAAAAUUCUCUCUUAAAAUUGGCCGCCUCUCAACGAAAUCUUUUGCAAUUUGUAUAUUUCUGGAAACAAGUGUAAUCCUAGUUUCCCUUAGGAACUGAUAUGAAAUAAUAUUUAAGGAUAUGAGAUACCGCCGAAUUGUACAGAACUAUAAAGGAUAAUUCAAAUUUUUCGAGACUAGAAUCUUCCGUGAAAGGCAGUGGAUUUAUGUUCUAGAUAAAAGGCCACAGGUGGUAUCACUAAAUCAAUUGCUUCUUAUAUUUAUACCGAGUACGAGUGAUUUUUUUCGUAUGACUGGAAUGAAUGAUAUCUUCAUGUAUAUAUAAAUGAAUAUGCAAAUCUGUAUCUACAAGCAUUUGUAUAGAAAUAUAUCGAAAUCAUUUAUA